AUGAAAAAUCAUGAACCAGAUGAUACAGUCAAGGAAAACAUAAUACCUAUUGAAUUUAUAACCAGAAAACUUAACCAACUUCCAGAAGUUGAAAAGAAUCUACUUGAACAUGGAUCAACAUAUAUUGGACUUAAUGCUGCUCUUUGUGGCCUAAUAUCAAGCAGUCUUUUUCGACGCAUCUUAAAUGUGACACAGGCUCGGAUAGCAGCUGGUUUACCAAUGGCAGUUAUUCCAUUUAUUACAGCACAUCUAGCUUACAAAGGUUUUGUAAGCUUACCUUUGAGUACAGGUUAUCUGAGCUGUGAAACUUGUACUGUAACACGGGGUGCAAUGGUUGGUCUUCUUUUCGGGGGUCUUUACCCUGUUGUUUUGGCUAUACCUGUGAACGGUGGCCUAGCAGCCAGGUAUAUGUCAGCCUUGCUACCAGAGAAAGGAAACAUCUUAACUUUCUGGAUCAGGAUUUCUAAACCUGUCUUUAGAAAGAUGCUUUUCCCCAUUAUGCUUCAGACUGUGUUUGCAGCUUAUCUUGGGUCUAGGCAAUAUAAGUUACUCAUAAAAGCCCUUCAUUUACCUGAACCUGACCUAGAAACUUCCAAGAUUUAG